UAGUUACAGGUUGUGACUACGAAACGGACCUGUAUCACACAAAUAGAAGUGUCUCUGUCCUAUAAAUAGAUCAUUUUUCACUCUACGACUCUAUUACUCAUGAACAGUGCAUCAGAAUAUAGUACUUGUUGUUUACCGCUCGUCUUAUGUAGGUUAGAUUCUUGUUACAUACUCACUAUACCUAUCAUUAUCUAUACAAAGAUAAAAAUGAUAAGCUGAUAGCUAAACAAUUCGUUUCAGCCAAUUAGAAAGAAACAUAUUAUUUAUAAUACGUACACACACGAAAUUUAGUCAUUUUUUAAAAAACAAAAAGAUAAAGUGAUAAGUGGUCCAAUUAUAGAUAAAAUAUUGUCGAAUGCUACAAGUCGCCGAGUGUUUAAUUCUGUACCGCGGUUACUAUAUUGCAUCAGUGGCGAGGAGACUUACGCGGUCGAACGAGACGACAUAACACACAAAACAUUCUCUGUUGUGGAACAGAACGAGCACCUACCACACCGUUCCUUUGUUUUGAUACUCGUUUCAUGCGAAUUCUCGGACAUGUGAACACGAAAUACCGCAACAAUGGCUAUAUCUACAAAUUGCUGGAAAUAUCUCGUCUUAAUCUUUAAUAUUUUGUUCGCAAUGUCGGCUGUUGUCCUGUUUGGAGUCAGCGGCUUUCUAUUGUAUCGGCUUUUCGUAUACCGUCACUUCCUAGGAGUGAAUGUGGAAUACCCAGUUAUACUGCUACUCAUGAUGGCUAUAAUCACAUGUUCUAUUGCUUGGAUAGGCUGGAGGACGGCAAAGUCGCUGCAUCAGAUCCAUAUUAUAAUAACUGGCCUCCUCGUAGUCCUCGUGGUGAUAAUAGAGUUCUCCUGCUUCGUGUGGGCUAUGGUGGUCUGGGAUAACAUGGAAAUCGACAUAAAGAGCACCAUGACGAACUACUUCGCGGAGUCCAUUGCAACAGAGGAUCCCAACUCUGCUGCUACGAUUAGAUGGGACAAUUUACAUGUUAAGUUUGAAUGCUGCGGGGUGCAUGGUCCAAGUGACUACACAGCGUUAGGUCGUGUGCCACUCUCGUGCUGUGGCCAGGGGCCAUUAGACGAGAUCCACAAACCAUACGCAUCUGACUGUUCAACGCUGUACCAGAGAGGUUGCGGGAAGCCGGUGCACGACUACGCAAAAGAACAGUUGGUACUUGUAGCGAUGACGGCGCUGUGUGCGUCCAUAUUGCAGAGUUCAGGCAUCUUCUGUACGUUCUUUUUAGCACACGCCAUUAGAGAAAAACGAAAGAUGUCCCUAAGGCAUUCAAUGUCUAUCCGAGAAGGAAUUUAUGCGGCUGCUGAUGACUCUCUCUUGGCCACUCCAACAGCGCCUACAGCUACCUUGCCAAAGUAUUAAUGGUGAUAUUAUUUAAGAUAUAAAUCAUGCCAAUGAUUUCAAUCAAAUCUUCAACUCUAAUCCAGUGAUAUUUUUCGUACUAAAACUAAACGUGUCCAGGCCAUGUUCUUACCUGUAUACAGACACCAGUUUUCUUGAAUUAUAUACGUAAUAUAUUAGGGUUUUAUUCGUAAGUCUGAUUAUAUCCUAAAUAAUAGAAAUAUGACUGAAAUUAAUCCAGUGGAUUUACAUAGAUAAUAUUAACGUCAAUAUAAGUAAAAUCAUCAGUGCAAAUUUUAAAAUUUUGACAUACCAAAUAAACUAACCGUGAGCUUGUUUUCUGUAAUUCCUGUAGAAUUAUUUCUUUUGCAUUAAUACGUGAAACUUUUUAUUACUACUUAUUUUAUUGUAAGGUUAUAAUUAGGAUAGACUCAAAGUGUGUGUUAAAGUAUGCAACUCAA